AAAACAUCGAUAAGUUCCUGUCUUAAAUACAUUAUACAUCAAGUUACAUUAUUUAUUUAGAAUUUUAGGAGACUUGUUGAUUCUUUCCUUCUUUGAAGACCGACGUGUCUUAGACACGAUUAUUUAUUAUUAGCAGAAAAAAAAGAAACAAAUUUAUAUUCAUAAUCAUGAAUUCUGUGCAAAAAGAAGACAUCAAAAAAAAGUGUCGUCAAAAGUUUGAUUUACGAAAGCUCCGCAUAUCUCUAAAAUAUAGACCUGAAAUCAUGACAAAAAUUUUGAAAAUGAGACAAUGCAUAAGGCAAAAAAAUCUUUUGAUAUCGAAUAUGAAACUUCAACUUAAAACCCUGAUGAAGACAGAAAAGAACAAGGAUUAUGUUGAUUCCUUUACACAGACACUCUAUGAGGAUUUAUCUUGUACACAAUUACAUGUCUGUACUCAAACCGAUGAUAGCACAACAACUGAAAAUGAGAUCCUAUACAAUAAUAUUGCUAAAAACAUAAUUGAAAAUGGUAACAUAGAUGUUAAGGAGAAAGACUUGGGAUGGGAUAUUAGCAAAGAUGAUCAAACUGUUAGUAUAGCAGAACAAGUGAAAGAGGUUGCUCAAAGUGCCCUACAACAGACUGGAAUGGUGUAUGUAGAAUCUGCUGGCAUGUACUAUGACUAUAAGACUGGUUAUUACUACAAUUCUGAAUUAGGUCUAUAUUACCAUACAGAUACCGGUUGUUACUAUUAUUAUUCAAAUGAGAAACAAACUUUUGUAUUUCACUCAUACCCAGACAGAAGUCAAGAGGUUAAUAAUGCAGCAUUGCUUGCCCAUGAGAAAAAGAAAGCUCGAAAACAUAAAAAGGACUGGAGAUCGGAAGAUGACAUUGAAAACCUGAUGAAAAACUUAUCUCAGGAAAAAGAAGAUGGACGCAAACACACUACCAAAUCGAAGAGGAGAAAGUUACAGAAGAAGAAGAAAGUGAAUGAGGAACCAUCAAUUGAUAAAAAUGAAAUGGAAAGUGAAAAGAUCAGUAUAGAUGAGAAAAAUGACAUGGUAACUAAUGUAGAUGAAGCUGGCAAUGCAUCAAGCGAUCAAGACCCAGAUAAACAAGUGCUAGAUGGUGCAACUGGAAAAGAAGAAAAUUUGAUAUGUGAAUCUGCUAAAACAGUGGAUUUAAAUGAAAUCGACGAUUUAGAAGAUGGUGAAUGUAGUAACACCGAAAGUGAAUAUUCAGAUGUUGAAGAGGAAGAAACAUGUGAUAGCACAUCAACAGCAAGUGAUGAUGAUUUGGUACCGAGAAAUCAUCCACCGUGUAUGCGUAUUAUUGUGAAGGAUACUACGUUGCCUAGAUUAAGAGUGGGUUCUUUGUUCGUGAUCACUAAAGAUGGAGGCUCAAUAGGCCGUGAGGGGGACCAUCACUGUAUCGUUCUCAGGGAUGAAAAUGUUUCCAGAAACCAUCUAAAUAUAACGUAUAACCCUUCGAAGAAAAUUUAUUUAGCAAUGGAUCUGGGAUCCAAGAAUGGGACUAUACUUAAUGGCAGUCGAAUGUCAGACAGUCAAACUGUUAGUAAAUCAACAGAAAUUGUACAUGGAAGCACAUUAGAAAUAGGAGAGACCAAAUUACUAUGUCACAUACAUCCAGGAACAGAUACGUGUGGCCAUUGCGAACCAGGACUUCUGAUGAUGUCAUUGGAAGAAAAGAAAGUAGCAUAUACAAGAACGUGUAGUGUUCAAAAACAACAUCAGUUGGAGCUGGCUCGGCUAAAGAAUAAAUAUGCUCCGAAGCUCUUGGCCAUAGAAUCUUCAGCGUACAAUGAUAGAGCACAGGCGCGGAGGGACACAGUAGGCAGUUCGCAUCCCUCAGAGAAGACACAGAGCAGUAAUUUAGACACACCGAACGUGCUAACCACUGCGUCCAUCUGCGUCGACCAUCUCAACCAUCGAAACUGUCGUUUCCACAGGUUUAUAGCUCCAGAGAACAAAGGAUUCAAGUUAUUAGAGAAAAUGGGCUGGUCAAAGGGCGAAGGUCUCGGGAAAGAUAACCAGGGUGAAACAGAGCCGGUUUUGUUCUCCAUUACGGAGGUCCUAAAAUGUGUUUUAAACUUUUUAAGCAAUAACAGGCUGUCUGUAGAAAUGGCAAGCAAUCGCAAAUCAACAACGGUCCGUCAACUCGAAGCUCUUCUUGAGUUUGUAGCAGGACAUCGUGACCUCGCCUUUGGACGGGUGAGGUCCAAGGAAGCUCGAGCCUUAGCGGAAUGGUUGGCGUGAAUGCGCUGAAUUGCUCAAUCCUUUGGGAUCCGCAAAGAAUAGGCAAAGAAAGAGUUAUUAGGCCACCAUGGAGAUGUAGGGCAGAUUGUCUCCCCUUGCUAACCUCCACACCAGCAGCACCCUCAAGACAGCACGGCCUUCUCAUGUCCAAAGUAACAAAACUGCCCUAAAGGAGUCAAGAGCCACAUUGUGAAGGUGUGAAGAGUUAGGGCUCAGGCUGAAUUAAAUCAUUCGGAAUUGAUUUAGCUAUUGGCUGAAUCUUUUAAGUUAAUAGCCGAAAGUGAUGAAUAAAUAUUUUUAAUGAAAAAUGUCAACAAAACUAACUAUUAUUAUACAGGUACAGGAUUGACGAGUGAAUAUAUUUGUACUUUUUUAUAUUUUCUAAUAUUGUAAUAGAAAGUGACUAUUUUAAUAGUCAGUUUUCAAUCUUAGUGACUCGGUAUGAAAUAAAACAGGAAGAAAAAACCAGCCCUUGCCGAAUGUCUUGCCGGUUCUUCUUGGUACAAGGUCUCCCAUUGUAGAUUUACGAACCGAUGGCAUAGAGUUUCGACUUUUAAAAGUGCUUGUAAAAGACUAGACUGAAUAAACGAUUUUGAUUUU